ACAAGCCUCGCCUCCCUCGCUCCAUCACUUGCCCUCCCCCGUUUUGUGUUACACUCUCCCUCUCUGACAAGUGCUUGUCCCCUGACAGACCCUGAUGUCACAGGGACACGAGGGUCCCCGCAGUGCUUCAUUCAGCAAAAUGGCUCUCGGAUUAGAAAGUUAAGAGGGGGAGGCGGCCUCAGGCAUCAGGUGUGCCUGCAGCGGUGCUGUGAAACUGGAGAAGCCAGGGGAGAUCUCUUAUCUGCGGACAUGUGAUGAGUCUAGCAUGAGAUGCCUUUCGUCUGUAUGUGUGUCAAGAUCAGAUGCAAGAGCCACCCCAGGAGCUAGAUCAACUUGUUUUAGUCAAGUGGAAUACAAAAGCAAAAGCUUCGCCGACGGGCAAGCAUCACUUCCUUCCAAGUUGGAUUUAUAAUGUAUGAAGGUAACUCGUGAAAUUUCUGGAUCAUGGCAUUAAAGCACGGAAGGCACUGGAAGUCCAUGUGCAAACGUCUGGGUUUGGGUGUCCUACUGACCAGCAGUAUUAUCUUCCUUUACUGCUUGUCCAUGCCCCAGCUGAGCAUGCCUGACAUUCCAGUUCCUUACUCCUGCGCCCACCGGCCGUCCCGGCCGACAACCAGGCCAAAUAGCAACAGCUCACAUAAAAAGACAAGAGGGAUGUGCACUCCCAAAGUAGACAUCAUGUUCAUGAAGACCCACAAGUCGGCAAGCAGCACCUUCCUCAACAUCCUUUUCCGCUUUGGAGAGAAACAUCAACUCAAAUUUGCUUUUCCGGACAGCAGGAAUGACUUUUCCUACCCUGCCUUUUUCCAGCGUUCCCACGUUAAAGACUACAAACCCGGAAUGUGCUUCAAUAUAAUCUGUAAUCACAUGCGUUUCAAUGCGGCCGAAGUGGCCAAGCUGCUUCCUCUCGAUACGGCUUACGUCACCAUCCUCAGAGACCCGGCGGAUCUUUUUGAAUCCUCCUUCCACUACUAUGGUCGGGUUGUACCUUUCACCUGGAAGAUAGCAGGAGACGACAAGAUGGCGGAGUUUCUUCGUGAUCCUCACUACUACUUUGACCCGGAAGGUUUCAAUGCAUUCUACCUCAGGAACUUGCUUUUCUUUGACUUUGGAGAAGACAACACGCUGGAGCUGGACGAUCCGCGGGUGGACGAGGGAAUCCAAAACAUCACAGAACGUUUUCAGCUGUUCUUGCUAGCAGAGCAUUUUGAGGAAUCUCUCAUCCUGCUGAAGGAUGCUCUAUGUUGGGAGAUGGAUGAUCUCAUCUUCUUCAAGCUUAAUGCCCGCAAGGGGUCAACCGUAUCUAAACUGACACCAGAACUGAGGGCCAGGGCCCUCGAGUGGAAUGCUCUUGACUGGAAACUGUACCAGCACGUGAACUGCACCUUCUGGAGGAAAGUGGACGCGUACGGGCGACAGCGCAUGGCGGAGGACAUAGCGGAGCUCAAAAGGAGGAACGCGGAGAUGACGGCCACCUGCAUCGAAGGGGGUCACGCCGUCGAUGCCGGCAGCAUCCGAGAGAGCGUCAUGCAGCCUUGGCAGCCCAUUGGGGAGAAGUCCAUAAUGGGAUACAAUUUGAAGAAGAACAUUGAUAAGGCCCACUUGAAGUUGUGCCGUAAGAUGUUAAUGCCAGAGAUUCAAUACUUGAGCGAGUUUGGCGUCAACCUAUGGAUCACCAAGUUGUGGGGCCAUGUUAGAGACGUUAUUAACUGGUGACGAGAAGCGUCCUAGUUAGCAAGAGGAAAAUACAGUGCUGUAAAUGUGACUGAUAGAUUUGCAGUUCUGUGACAUUUCAAUGAUCCUAACCGUAUUUGGAUUUUGAUAAGCACUUGAGAGAACUAUUUCACAAUCUUUAAAGGGGAAUUUGACAUAAGGCUUAAUCUUCAAGUGUCGAGUUGUUUUCAACUGAAGGAAUCUGGGCUCCCCCCCACCCAAGCCGCCGGAACAGUGACAGCCGAACCAGAUGGCGUUCCGCUGGCACCGCUCCAGCAAGUCGGCCUGUGUUAACCCUUUGUACUGACUCCAUUUUCAACGGUUUAAAGAAGGUUCACCGAAAACAGGUUGACAAUUUAUUCAUCGACAAUGGUCAAAAAACAAGGCAAAACAGCUGACGGAGAGGAAAUGCUGGAUCCAGGGUCAGCAAAACAACGGGUACCUCGAAAUUUAAUUCAAUUUUAUUUCUAUAGCCCUAAAUCACAACAAGGUUGUCUCAAAGGGCUUUGCAGAGGCAAUAUGAUACACAGUCAGAAACACAAACAAUGAUGAAUAAAUAAAGUUCAAGUCCUGGGCAUCCCCCAUCCUUGGACCCUCCAUGUCGGCAAGGAAAAACUCCAAAAACUCCAAGCUCUUUGGGAGAAAACGAGAAACCUUGGGGAGUACCACAGUCAGGAGAGAUCCACUCCAAGGACUGAUAGACAGGAUGCACCAGGACUGCUAAUGCGAAUUAGCAGACGGGGUUACAGUCUGUAAAGAUGCAGGAGAAUAAAGGAAGAAGAAGAGGUCCAUCUAGCCAGAUGAGACGGGGGUGGCACGUCCAUCCAGCCAGGGGUCCGGAUAGUCAGGAGGCUACAGCUGAAAAAUAGCCCCUCCCCAGAGGGGAAAGGGGACACCAGGUGACUAGAUAUUAACAUUGGAAAAUAAAAAUAAAGUAAGACAAGUGGUAGGUAGAGUGAGAAAAGGGAAAUAGAACUCAGUGGCUGUACUUCCCCCAGCAUGAUAGCUUCUAGUUCAGCUUAGACUGAACUGUGAGUCUAAUCCGACUUCAACUAGCCUGACCAUAAACUUUGUCAAAUAGGAAUGUUUUUAAUCUAAUCUUAAAUGUGCAGACUGUCUCGGCUUGUUUAAUACUUGCUGGAAGCUGAUUCCAUAAAACAGGGGCUUGGUGGCUAAAGGCUCUAGCUCCGACAGUACUUUUAGAAACCCUGGGAACUACCAGUAGACCUGCAUUCUGAGAGCGGAGUGUUCUGUUGGGGUAAUAUGGAACCAGAGCAUCGGUGAGAUAAGAUGGCCCCAACCCAUUAAUGGUCUUAAAUGUAAGAAGGAGGAUUUUAAAUGUAAUUUUAAACUCGACUGGAAGCCAGUGAAGGGCCUGGAGCACAGGGGUGAUGUGCUCUCUUCUAUGAGUUCCUGUUAAAAGUCUUGCUGCUGCGUUUUGGACUAGCUGAAGACCUUUUAGAGAACUUUUAGGACAAGCUGCAAGUAGGGAGUUACAGUAAUCCAAUCUAGAUGUAACGAACGCGUGAAUGAAUUAUUCUGCAUCGUUUUUAGAUAAAAUAUUUCUAAUUUUAAACAAUAAGUCUGGGUCAAAUAGAACUCCUAGGUUUGAAAUGUCCCCGAGAAGCGACAGUUGUUAUUUAAAUGUUCAGUCUUUUGAAAGCUGUGGUGGAGUGGGCCGGGUAGAUGGCGUGCUUCGUGUUGUCUUGGGAUCAUCCUUCUGCGGCAGGUUUGGGCGGUCAAGUUCGUGCGUCACCUUUCGUGGCUGGGACGUGGUUGCCACGGCAACUGAGGCAUCAUCUGAUCAAAGCACACGGUCCCAGUUGAAGCUCAUCUAUUUCUUUUUUUAUUUGGAAAAAAAAAAUCCGAGAUAGACUGAGGGCGCGAAGGUUGAACUGCGAAGUAGCAAGGGAUCACUGUAUUUGACAUAGAGUGCUUCCCUGCAUUAGUCAUAAGCACGGAUUUUAACCUCUCUCCCAAUUUUUAUUUGGCACUGAUUGACCACGGAAAACCGGAUACAUGAGCCUUAUAAUUUCAUUAUAGUAACUAUAAAAGAACUAAACCCUAUUCAAACUAGGAGCUAUUCGCUCCACUAGAAGGCACUAAUGCUCUUAGGAUGAAUAAUGCUUCAUUUAUGUAAUUUUUUUUUUUCCUGGCAAAAUUGAAUGAUGAAAAAAAAUUGUAUUUCUUGGGCUUAAUGUGUAAAUGGUUAUUGUCCAGUAUCAUUAUAAUAACAGUUCAUAUCGAUAACUGCGCUGAGAAAAAAAACAUUGUUUAAAAAAAAAUCUGACAAAAAUGUAAGCAGUUACUCACAAUGUUACUCAUUACUUAAGUAUUCCUUUCACCAAAUACUUGCAGUUGAGUACAUUUUUUUGAUGACUACUUUUACUUUAUUUGGGGUACUCUACCCACCUCUGGUUAUUUGUUAGUUUCAAGGCUAUGGAGUGGCUUAACUGUUAUGAGUCGAUGGUGCCUGCUUUGCAUACCAAUAAAAAACAACAUAUGCACACAUGAGAAUCACCCAUGACCCAUGCAGUCAAUAGUAUGGGCUAUGUUGUCAGGAUAAAGUUAUUAAAACUUACUAUUGCAUGUCAAUAAUUGUAGGAUGAAGAGCAACAUUUGUAAUCCAGCAGCUCUGCAGGGAACAAGCUGUCUAGACAAGCAGGAGUCGAGUGAUAUUACGUUUUUUUUUUUUACUGCUCUUUUUUUUUUUUUUUUUUUUUUUUUUUUUGUGGGAACGAAAGGGACUUCCCCAGCAGACUAAGCACAAGUGGCCGAAUCACUCUGCAUCUAAAAAAAAAAAAAAAAAAAUAGUCCCGUAGAAUGAAAUGAAUUACGGCAGUUUGGUGUGAUAUCGUUUUGGCUGCAUGGGUAUUUCUAACAAUGAUCUGCAUUUUUAAUUGAUUUGACUAUGUUAGAUCUGUUAAUAUUUUUUUAUUGGCAUGCUAAGCAGGCACCAUUGACUCACACUAGUUUAGCCACUCCAGAGCGCUGAAACUAACAAAUAACUGACAAACUACACGGAAAUUGUUGAAAUCAACUCCAUCAACUAAUUGAACCCACGCUAACUCGAAGAUUAAGCCUAAUGUCAAAAAUUCUGAACUGCCUCUUUAAGCACUGAACUGAAUUCAAAAUACAUGUUGCACUGUUCUCUAUAUGUUUGCGAGUCUGUUUUUGAAAUACUGUGUAAAUUGUUUUUCACAUUUUAAUAAAGUAAGCAAUACAGUAUGUCCGAGAUAUUCUUGACAACUCUGCCAACUUGUGUCUGUAGACAAAACUAAUAAAAUGAUACCAACCUUCGGAAUCAGUUAUGGGAAUUCUUAAAAAGCUCAUUCCUGGAUGACAAAAUACAGAGACGAAUUCAGGAAA